AUGUUAGAUGAUAGCACCAAGGUGUACGCAGAUAUCGAAAAUGUGGAACAGUCGAAUGCGAGUUUUGAAGGAAGCUCGGGCACGUUCACAUUUCGUUCGACCCAUUCGAAAAUACAUGAGCCAAUGAAUGAAAACCAACAUCACUCAACUAGUGGUUAUUGGCGGAAUUUUGUUGACAGUUUCAAGGAAUUUGAUUUUGAUGAACUAGAUCCCAACUUAAGCGAAAUCGAAAAGGCGCAGGCUAUUGCUGCCAGAUCACCGUUGCAAAGAGGGUUGAAAUCAAGACAUGUUCAGAUGAUUGCAAUUGGAGGUGCCAUUGGUACUGGUUUGUUUGUUGGUUCGGGUAAUGCCUUGAGGACUGGUGGGCCAGCCUCGUUGAUCAUAUGUUACUUUUUAGUCGGUACUAUGAUCUUUUGUACUGUUCAGGCUCUAGGUGAGUUGGCUGUGGCCUUCCCCAUUCCAGGUUCAUUUUUAGCUUUGAAUACUAGGAUGAUCUCCCCGAUUUGGGGGUUUUGUAUGGCAUGGAACUUUGCACUACAAUGGUUGAUCAUCUUACCACUUGAACUGGUUGCAGCAUCUAUAACAAUUACUUACUGGAACAAUGAUAUAAAUGGGGCUGUUUGGGUUGCUAUAUUUUACACUUUGAUUGUCUCCAUCAAUAUUUUCGGGGUUAAAGGUUAUGGUGAAGCAGAAUUUAUGUUUUCCAUCAUCAAAGUCAUUGCAGUUAUAGGAUUUGUUAUUCUUGGUAUUGUCUUGAAUUGUGGUGGUGGACCAAUUGGUGGUUACAUUGGAGGAAAAUAUUGGCAUGAUCCCGGUGCCUUUAAUCACGGAUUCAAGGGAUUUUGUGCUGUUUUUGUUACUGCUGCAUUUUCCUUUGGUGGUACCGAAUUAGUUGGAUUAGCAGCUGCAGAAACUUCCAAUCCAAGGAAAACCUUACCUACAGCUACAAAACAAGUAUUCUGGAGAAUCACUCUAUUUUAUAUGAUCUCAUUGACAAUCGUGGGAUUACUAGUUCCAUAUAAUGAUCCAAGAUUGAUUGGUAAUUCAAGUGCAGACGCAAGUGCGUCUCCCUUUGUCAUUGCAAUUCGAAACGCAGGUAUUGGCGGAUUACCAUCAUUAGUUAAUGUUGUCAUCCUAAUUUCUGUUUUGUCUGUGGGAAACUCUGCAGUUUUCGGAUGUUCACGUGCUAUUGCCACUUUGGGAGAUCAAGGGUUUGCACCCCGGUUUUUCAGCUUUGUAGAUAGGAAGGGACGUCCAAUAUUUGGUAUUGCAGUGACCCUGAUUUUCGGUUUGAUUAGUUUUCUAGCCGCCACGCCAAAAGAAACGACUGUUUUUGGAUGGUUAAUGGCGAUUUCAGGGUUAUCUGCUAUUUUCACUUGGGGAACGAUAUGUUUCACCCAUAUCAGGUUUAGAAUGGCAUUGAGGGCGCAAGGACGUGAUACAAGUGAAUUAACCUUCACUGCAAUGACAGGAAUUUGGGGGUCUGUUUGGGCCGUUUUCUUGGACGUGUUAAUUUUAAUUGCCGAGUUUUGGGUCUCUCUAUUUCCCGAUGAUAAGCCUGAUGCUUAUAACUUCUUUCAGAAUUAUCUCAAUAUUUUCUUUGUUAUGUUUGUCAUGUGCAUCUACCUAGUUUGGAAAAAAUUCAAUGUUGUAUUCCUUGUCAAUUUGAAAGAUGUGGAUAUUAAUACCGGACGUCGUGUCGACGAUCUAGACCAAAUCCGCCAAGAAAUAGCAGAGGAAAAGGCAUACAUUGCGUCAAAACCUCUGUACUACCGUAUGUAUAAGUUCUGGUGUUGA